GCGCCUGGGAUAAAUUGUCAUGGUUGUUUUCGUGCCAGUCGUAGGAGGGAGAAAAAAAGAAAAGUUACGUUGUUGCGAGCUCCAGUCCAACGAGGUGGUUUUUUUGAAAGCUUUUUGAAGACUUUGAGGAACUUUUACACAAAAUUUCCCAGCGGGGGAAACAAAAUUAUAGUGGAGGGACAAACGAUGGGAAGCGAACCAGGCCCAGUUCAGAUCGUGACAGUGUGCAAGGAGGAGCACUCCUUCACGUUGGACGAGGAAGCGCUCGCACGUGUCCUCUUGGCCCCCGGCGUCCGGGACAAGCAUGUGGUGGUGCUGUCGGUGGCCGGCGCCUUCAGGAAGGGCAAGAGCUUCCUGCUUGACUUCAUGCUGCGCUACAUGUACAGGAAGGGCGACGAAAACUGGCUGGGCCGAGACGACGAGCCGCUCACCGGCUUCUCUUGGCGAGGCGGCUCGGAACCGGAGACGACCGGGAUCCAGAUCUGGAGCGAGGUCUUCCCCAUCCAGAAGAGUGACGGAACAGAGGUGGCAGUGGUGCUGAUGGACACUCAGGGAGCGUUUGAUAACCAGUCGACAGUGAAAGACUGCGCCACCAUCUUUGCGCUCAGCACUAUGACCAGCUCCGUUCAGCUCUACAAUCUGUCUCAAAACAUCCAGGAAGAUGACCUGCAGCAACUACAGCUUUUCACAGAAUACGGUCGCCUAGCCUUGGAUGAAAUCUUCCUAAAGCCCUUCCAGUCCUUGAUGUUCCUCAUCCGCGACUGGAGCUUUCCAUACGAAUACACGUACGGCUUUAAAGGAGGCAACGAAUUCCUGGAUAAACGGUUACAGGUCAAGGAGGCCCAGCACGAGGAGCUGCAAACGGUUAGGGAGCACAUCCACUCCUGCUUCACCAACAUUUCCUGCUUCUUGCUCCCCCACCCUGGCUUGAAGGUUGCCACCAGCCCUUCUUUUGAGGGAGAGCUUAAUGCGGUGGCACCUGAGUUCAAAGACCAGCUGAAGAUUUUGAUCCCCAAUCUGCUGCAUCCUGACAACUUGGCCGAGAAAGAGAUCAAUGGAAAUAAAGUCACUUGUAGAGGCCUACUAGAGUACUUCAAGGCGUACAUCAAGAUUUACCAGGGCGAAGACUUGCCCCAGCCAAAGAGUAUGCUUAUGGCGACAGCGGAGGCCAACAACCUAGCAGCUGUGGCAGCAAGCAAGGAUCAGUAUUACAGGAACAUGGAGAAGAUGUGUGGCGGGGACCUGCCCUACGUGUCUCCCGAGUCCCUGGAGGAGAAACACCAAUUUUACUUUAAGGAGGCUCUCUACGCCUUCUCCUCCAUCAAGAAGAUGGGCGGUCAGGAGUUUUGCGACCGAUACCAAGCGCAACUGGAGAAGGAGCUGGAGGAGAUGUGGGAGUCGUUCAGCAAGCACAACGAGUCCAAGAAUCUGUUCAGCGCCUUCCGAACUCCGGCCGUGCUGUUUGUGCUGGUGUGCCUCCUCUACGUGCUGUCGGGCGUGCUGCUCUUUGUGGGCCUGGCCACCUUGGCCCUGGUGUGCGACUGCGCCUUGGGCGUGGUCAUGAUGUCCAUGCUGACGUGGGCCUUCAUCCGCUACUCGGGCCGUUACCGGAACGUAGGCGGAGCCAUCGACCAGGCAGCGGGUACCGUACUGGAGCAGGCCACGGUGGUGCUGAACAAGUCAAGAGGCCAGACCGUCCAUAGCGUGAAGAAAUCCAGUUAGAGGACCUCGGAGGCUUUUGAUCAUCUCGAAACGACGCAAAGCCGUGCGCAGCACAAACCCACGUUCAGCACUCGAGCGUUUUCAUAUCCCCCACCUCCCCAACACUAACUUCCCCCCCUCCCAUUUGGGAGAAACAUGCACCUCAACCACACACACGGGGGGGGGGGGGGGGGGCAUAGAGAAAUUGCACAAGUGAAAGAAAUGAUCCCAAAACACAGCAUUUGUAAUACCUGCAUUGGGGAGUCCUCGUGUUCAAGUCCAUUUAUUGAAAAAGGUCACCGGUUUGAAUACAUCGUACAUUCUGUUAAUACUGCCAUGUUUACAAAAACCUUAUUAGGAGAAGUACUUAUUGACAGGUAUGGGAUACUUUUUGCAAUACAUCAUUGAAUACUUUUCUCAAAAGGCAAGCAUUUGGAACUAUUAUAUAUACAUUUUAGGGGCUCCAUUUUGUUCUUCUAAUCAUUCCAGCAUUCCAAUCGCUAUCAAAGUGUUACAUUCCUGUUCAUGUACAGUAGUUUACUUUCACUGAAGUAGCAAGGAAGAUGAGAUUAUGCACUUUGUGUCAUGGUAAGCAGCACCAAAUAGUUGCGAGCUACACUGAACCCACACUAUUGGCAAAAACCUAACAGUAAUUGAUGCUCUCCAAAAAAAAAAAAAAAAAAAAAAAAGGCAGCAAAGCACUAGUAUUGUCUAAAUGAACCUUUGUGGCUCAUGUUGACAUUACUUUUAGGCACCAAAAUUGUUUUUAUCUCAAUGACGCUCAUCAACUCACCUCAACAUAGUUCCAUAACACCAAGAAGCAAUUUUUUUUUUUUUUUCAUCUAAAUGGAACUCUUCAACUUGGUUCAGCUGGUAAAGCGUUGGCGUCGCAGUUCUGAGGUCCCGGAUUCGAUCCCGAACCCGCCUGUGUGGAGUUUGCACGUUCUCCCCUUGCCUGCGUGGGUUUGCUCCGGGAAAUCCGGUUUCCUCCCACAUCGCAAAAACAUGAAAUAUGAAUUGGACACUCUAAAUUGCCCGUAGGUGUGAUUGUGAGUGUGGCUGUUUGUCUCAAUGUGCCCUGCGAUUGGCUGGCGACCAGUUCAGGGUGUACCCCGCUUCCUGCCUGUUGACAGCUGGGAUAGGCCCCGUCACCCUCGUGAGGAUAAGCGGCAAAGAAAAUUGAUGGAUGGAUGGUACUCUUCAACUUACUUAACGUAGUUUCACAGCAUUAACAUGGCGUGAAAGCACAAUUUUUACGUAAAUGGAACGAUUGACUCCCUUCUACAAAAUUCAGUGGCACCAAGAUGCUACAAAAUAUUCACAAAGCACUACUUUUCUCAGUAGAGCUUCAGCCUGCCUGCCUUUCGCAUAAAUUCAUACAAUAUUUUUUUGGGGAAAAAAAAGCAAAUAGCUGUGUAUGUGAAUACCAAACCACAAAUAAGUGCGGGUUCACUGUAGUUUAAAAAAACAAACUGAUGCAUUCCAAAUUCUCUGCUGACCAUUUCCUUCACAUUACGUGAAUAAGAUUUUGAUACAGAAAACUACAAUAUUUUUACAUUAUUUGUAGGACCUCAUUUCUGUGAUGUUUACUACUCCAAAGGUUAUAUUGAUUGAUGAAGAUCAUCUAAUUUAAUUGUAUCAUAACCAGAUAGCCAAAGACUUUGCUUCGCUUUUGCAGCCUCUUUGAAUUAUCCACUCUGUUGCCAUAUGGUGAAUACAGUAUACAAACUAUAUACUGUUGUCAACAAGAUUGUUUUUAUGCAACUUGUUCAAUAUAGCAAUAAAAUAAUUCACAUCUAAGUGGAAAAAGGAUGAUAACAAUGUGUGGUUGUACUGCAAGCGAUAGAUGUAAUAGUGUAGAUUUGCACUUGGGUGAUGAAGCAAAUAAACAAUUGGAUUAUUCGCA